UACACGUUAUGAAAAAAAAAAUGAGACGCCCGAAACAUAACCGCGGUCCAACGACGCCGUGUGCCACUACGAAUCGUUUGUUUCGUGCGGCGUCCGGGUCGCUCGUCGAGUUCGCCACCAGCGGGACACGUGUCCGUCCACGUCUACGUCCGGCCGCACGUGUGGCAUCCGGUUGGCCGGUCCACGCGUUCGUAAGCCCGCCGUUGCAGUGCGCGGCCACGCGACGCCGCGUCCAUGCGACCCGAUUGGCCAGCGUCCCGGAACCCGGUCGAGAUGUUGCACACGCUCAACGCGUUGGCCGCCAAACUGUCGCCCACGCAGGCGCAGAACGUCGACGGUAACGCGAACAGGAUCGCCGCGGCCGCAGCAGCCGCCACCGCUCUGACAACGUUGAACGGCCACAACGAUUCCGAAAUGAUCAUGCCUACCCCUUGCGCGUCUACGGUCGACGGUAGCAACGAAACGGAACAACCGGAACCGGAUUACAUAAAAAUGUUCGUUGGCCAGAUACCGAGGGCGAUGAACGAACAGGACCUGACUGAUAUGUUUGGUGAGUUUGGCCGCGUGUACCAGUUGAACUUGCUCAGGGAUAAAUUUACGGGUGUCAGCAAAGGUAAGAUUUUUCGAUAA